AUGCCGAAAGGCCCGUUCGCCUCAUCCGUCGGCUGUGGCCGCGCCGAGCCGGAGUGGGCGUCGCUCAACCUGGUCAAGGAGACGGUCGGCAUCGACUCGAUCGAGGAAAAGGGAGAGAAGUCGGAGGCGCCGCUCGACCUCCCGACAGACGUCAAGUCUGGGAACCUCGAGACGGCGCCAAAGAAGGUGGACCUGCUGAUCGUGGGGGCCGGCCUCUCGGGAGCAGUCAUCGCCGAGCGCGCCUCGAAAGAGCAGGGCUUGACCUCGCUGGUGAUUGACGUGCGUGACCACAUCGGAGGCAACUGCUACGACUAUGUGGACGAGCACGGGAUCCGCACGUCCAAGUACGGCGCCCACUUGUUCCACACCAAGUUCGAGCGCGUGUGGGAGUACGUGCAGCAGUUCUCAAGGUGGAUCCCGUUUGACCACCGCGUCAAGGGGCAGGUGCCGGACAAGGACGGCGUCAAGCGGCUGGUGCCCAUCCCGCCGACGCAGGAGACGGUCAACACGCUCUUCGGCGAGACAGUCGCGUCCGAGGAGGAGAUGCAGGCGUGGUACGACGCUGAGCGCGCGGCCAACGGGGAGGAGGCGGCACUCUCGCGUGUGGGGCCGCGGCUGUACGAGCGGAUCUUCAAGCACUACACCAAGAAGCAAUGGGACAAGUACCCGGCCGAGCUCGACGCGUCGGUGCUGAUGCGGCUGCCGUGCCGCACGACCACCGACGACCGCUACUUUGGCGACCAGUGGCAGGCGCUGCCUCUGCACGGCUACACGCGCAUCUUCGAAAACAUGCUGCUCCACGACCCAAACAUCACGCUGCGGCUGGGCGUCGACUACUUCAAGGAGAGGGCGGCGGGCACGCUGCCCGACUAUGGCAUGCUCGUGGACACGGGCAUGCUUGUGUACACGGGCCCGAUCGACGCAUACUUUGCGCAGCAGGGCAUGCCCAAGCUCGAGUACCGCUCGAUCCGCUUCGAGGAGGUCUGGGUGCCCGAGCCCGAGGAGGGCUACUUCCAGGAGGCGAUGGUGGUUAAUUACCCGUCCGCCGACGUGCCGUACACGCGCAUCGUCGAGUACAAGCACGUGCCCAACCAGCCCGAGGCGGUCAAGAACGGGGAGGUCAAGGGGACGCUCAUUGCGAGGGAGUACUCGUCCGCCGAGGGCGACCCGUACUACCCGGUGCCCAACCCGGAGAACCGCGCGCUGUACGAGCGCUACCGCGCGCUGGCCGAGGCGGAGGACCACGUCUGCUUCGUCGGCCGGCUCGCCUCGUACAAGUACUUCAACAUGGACCAGGCCAUCCUCAACGCGCUCGAGAUCUACGACAACUACAAGGAGCAAGGCAAGUUCGCCCCAAAGCGGCGCCCAGAGGAGUUUGGCCCUGGAGAUGGUCCCAAGUGA